AUGCAUAUCGUCUUCUCUGUUGAUGAUUUGACCGAGUCGUUUUGGCCAGCUUCCGCUCCGGAGCCGUCACCGGGAUCGGCACCGCCGGCGCAGAACAUGGCGGAAGGGAUGACUCGAAGUCAAUCGGAGUGGGCGUUCCACAGGCUUCUCAAGGAGAUGUCCGGUUCCGAUGAUGCGAGCCCUACGGGAAACGCAAUCGAGAGGUCGUCACCUCCGCCGGUUCAGUCUGAGCAGUCGCUUUCGAGGAUAGAAGAGACCGUUGACGAAACCGCCGAUGUUGUCGAGAUACAGAAGCCGCCGCAGAAUCGCCGUCCUUCUGCGGAUGAUUAUCAAGGGAAUCGCAAUCGUGCGCGGUCGUCUGAUCCGUUGGAUUCAGCUGCGGUCGAUCCUAAUCAGUAUCAUGCGAUUCUUAAGAGCAAGCUCGAUCUUGCUUGCGCUGCUGUUGCUCGUCGUGUGGGAACUGUGAAGCCCGAAGAUUCAACUGCUUCAGCUGGCAAUCAAAAGCAAUCUCUUCCAGUCGGAUCUCAAGGCUCCAUUGUGGCACAAACCUCACCUGGUGCUUCAUCUGUUAGAUCCGUUCCCUCAACGAGCACGCAAAAGAAACCUGAUCUUCCAGCUAGGCAGACUACCAGUGUUUCAUCACGAGAUGAUUCUGAUGACGAUGAUCUUGAUGGAGACACCGAAACAGCAGACAAUGGAGAUCCUACUGAUGUGAAGCGUGCUAGGAGGAUGCUCUCAAACCGAGAAUCCGCUAGGCGCUCCAGGAGAAGAAAGCAAGAACAAAUGAAUGAAUUUGAUACACAGGUAGGGCAAUUAAGAGUUGAGCACUCAACUUUACUUAGUCGUCUUAGUGACAUGAAUCAUAAGUAUGAUGCAGCUGCUGUCGACAACAGAAUACUAAGAGCUGAUAUCGAAACUUUGAGAACAAAGGUGAAGAUGGCAGAAGAAACGGUGAAAAGAGUGACAGGAGUGAACCCUUUGCACUGGGCAAGACCAAACAUGAGCUUACCAUUGAACAACACACCCAGCGACUCCUCUAGGAUUCCGGCGAGCUCUAACCAUAUUUUAAAACCGGCAAACUCGAGCACCGCUGGUUUAGCACCAAAUCAGAGAGUGAGUUUCUUGCCAGAACAGGUGAACCGGGAAGGCAUGCAAGAUUCAUUUGCUCCUGAUUCGACUUUGUUUGAAACCUUACCCCAUUGGAACCACAAGCAUUAA